AGUCGUCUCAACAUGACAGAAGCACCAUCAACCUCCUUCCGUAGGAGGAAGAGCUCUUCCUCCCAGACCCUCGCCCAGAUGGAUCUUCCUCCCCCACUGUCCCCAGGCGUCAUCCUCCGCAGGCUAGUCAAGCACGGCAAGUAUGUUGCUGCCGGCGCAGCUGGUAUCUGGUGGCUGGAUCUGGUCACGGCUGUCGAGAAUCUCCUCGAGAGCCCCGACUCGUGGGCAAGACGCAUGCUUGUUCUUGCAGGCGGGCUACAUGCUCUGACUCUGACCAUUUUCCUCUACCUCGUGGUUUUCCUUCCCUGGCUUAGGGGAUAUAUGCCGAACUACCCCAAGUGGCAGCAAUCGCGGCGGCUUCGCGUCAUAUUCCCAGUACUGACGACGUCCAUUCUCCUGGGCUGGUCGUUGCUUGUGUUUUCCUUGACCAAGUCAACGCACCCCGCACCGCGAAGCUCGAUUCACGAGCGGAUCCGCGGCGCGCUGGAUGUGCAGCACAGAGAUGGACUGGGAUUGUUUUCGUCCAUGGCUGGAGCCACGGCCAUCUUCUCGCUGACGUUUGGCCUGCUGGGCUUCAUCCCCUCGCCGCGCGUGCCAGUCCGCGUGCGGAAGGUCAAGUAACCCGGAGCUGAGUCGGUGCAGGUCCGAGAAGGGACAUCAUUAGAAUGCCGAG